AUGAGCAACUUUCCAUCUGCAGAUACACCUAUCAAAACCAUAGGGUUAGGCAGACAGGUUUGCGAGGUAAAUGGACAGACCCUGACUCGCAGAAAUGGCACACAAGAAUGGACCAAGCAUGCUCCAGAAAGUGAAGCUCAACUCACGGCCUCACUCGACUCCGCAUCUCUCUACCUCUCAUUAAUCCAUCACGCACAAGGCCCAGGAGAACCAUUCCACUGGUCCCUAUUUGUCGCCCAUGAAAACCACCCAGGCUCUGUCUACCAGGUCAAAGGCGACGCAGAAUUCAUGACAUAUGAGCCCGAAGACUCGGUAGAUGAGACCCAAGCGGAAUCAUUUUCAACCCUUUAUCAGUUGGCCGUGGUUUCCGAGGAACAAGCACGGGUGAUCAAGCAAGUGGCGGAAUGUGAGCCUCCUCCACAUGCACCGAAUCGACAGUAUGUUAUUGAGAAUUGUCAGGGAUGGUCUGUCCGUGUUAUUGCAAAGCUGGUUGAGAGAGGAAUUGUGCCACCUGUCAAACUUGAGAUGGCGAUAUCCAUGAUGCAGCCGGUUUGA